AUGCCCGAAAAACCAAGUUUGCUCGGUAUGCCCUUGGAAAUCGCUGAUCAAAUUUUUGAAAAGCUAGAACCAUCCAAUCUACUGGUCUGCCGAAAAGUUUGCCGAGGCAUGAGAACCGCAGUUGACAAGUUUGGAGUUCAAUUUAAUGCGGCUCAAGUUUUCAUUUAUAAGAGUAAUAUUUUUUUGGAAUUGGGCAAUAUUGAAAUUAAUUACGAUGAAGCAAGAAAUGGUGGCACAACUGUGACUUGUGCUGGACGUCAAGAAUUUAUUGAAAAUGAAAGUUUCAUGGACAUUUUCUGAAUAUGCCAUUACAUGUCGCCAAUCUAGUUCUGGAAAAGUUGGAGCUCAUGGAUCUACUGACGACUCGAAAAGUAUGCCGAGGUUUGAGAGCAGCUGUCGAUAAAUUUGGAGUUUUUUUCGAUGCAGUCCUGUUUUAUAUCACGGAGGAAGGUCACAUUGAAAUGAAUUUGAUCGAAUUUGAGAUCAUAUAUGCCAAUGCAGACGGUGGUGGUACAACUGUGACUUACAAUGAUGAACCAUGCCGACGAAUUGAAGGAGAAAACUUUGUGGAAUUAGCGUUCACGGAUUUGAAAAUAAUCAUGAAACACACUUCGAUAUUCUAUAUUUCUAACGAUAGAAAGGAUAAUUGCAAAAUCAUUGAAUCUCUCAUGGAUUUUUUGAAAUCAGAAAAAUGUAUUCAUGUGAAAGAGGUAGGACUUGCAUUUUCACUCAAUGACGUCAUUGAAAUUCUCCCAUACUUGCUCAAACGUUGGACAAACUUGUUUUGA